AUGUUUGCGGGCGGGUACGCGGGUGGUCCCCGGGGAGUCCCUGGCCGGCACCAGUCCAGUUACUGUCCUCCCGACAACCUGCAGAUCCCCAAGCCGGCCGUGCCGGGCAGCGUCCUGCGAAAGAGCAGCAGCACCAGCGGCGGGAAGAUGCUGUCCAUGCCAUACAGCGAGAGCAUCCGCAGUGGCAUCAGCCGCUACCACUCGGACCAGGGCCUGAACCAGCCACGCGCCACUGACCAUGCCGAGCUGCAGAGGCUGCGCGAGCAGAGGGUCGCCGCUCAGGUCAAGAACAUGGAGGACUUCCUGAAGAUGAACGGCUUGGUCCUGGAGGAGUGCGUCUCCUACCAGACAGGAAUGAAGUACAGGAACCUUGGAAAGUCGGGCCUGCGGGUCUCCUGCCUUGGAUUAGGGACAUGGGUGACAUUUGGAGGACAGAUCACAGACGAGAUGGCGGAGCAGCUGAUGACUUUGGCCUAUGAGAAUGGCAUCAAUCUGUUUGACACGGCUGAGGUCUACGCCGCCGGGAAGGCGGAAAUGGCACUGGGGAACAUCAUAAAGAAGAAAGGAUGGAGACGCUCCAGUUUGGUGAUAACUACAAAAAUCUUCUGGGGUGGAAAAGCGGAGACGGAGAGAGGUUUAUCCCGCAAACACAUUAUAGAAGGUUUAAAGGCCUCGCUGGAGAGACUGCAGUUAGACUACGUGGACGUGGUUUUCGCCAACAGACCGGACCCCAACACCCCGAUGGAAGAGACAGUGAGGGCAAUGACACACGUGAUAAAUCAAGGCAUGGCCAUGUACUGGGGAACUUCCCGCUGGAGCCCCAUGGAAAUCAUGGAGGCGUACUCUGUGGCUCGCCAGUUUAACCAGAUCCCUCCCAUCUGCGAGCAGGCGGAGUACCACAUGUUCCAGAGGGAGAAGGUGGAGGUGCAGCUCCCGGAGCUCUUCCAUAAGAUCGGGGUGGGAGCGAUGACAUGGUCCCCGCUAGCCUGUGGGAUCAUCUCAGGAAAAUACGACAGCGGGGUACCGCCUUACUCCCGGGCCUCUCUGAAGGGCUACCAGUGGUUGAAGGACAAGAUCUUGAGCGAGGAGGGCCGGCGUCAGCAGGCGAAGUUGAAAGAGCUGCAGGCAAUCGCGGAGCGGCUGGGCUGCACGCUGCCCCAGCUCGCCAUCGCGUGGUGUCUACGGAACGAGGGGGUGAGCUCCGUCCUGUUAGGGGCGUCCAACACGGACCAGUUGAUGGAGAACAUAGGAGCGAUACAGGUUCUUCCGAAGUUGUCGUCCUCCAUCACACAUGAGGUGGACAGUAUCCUGGGGAACAAGCCAUACAGUAAAAAGGACUACCGCUCCUAACGCGUGGCCCGGCUCCGCCCCCACCCCCCACCCCCGGGCGCCACCCA